AUGAAGGUGAAGGAGUUGCAGAAGAUGGUGAAUGUUGCCUGGUCACCGGCGCAACAGGCCCAGAUCAUGCUGGCCGCCGGAACAGCAGCCCAGCAGCUGGACGCUUCGUUCAGCACAACGGCUUCGCUCGAGCUGUACUCGAUAAAUCUGGCCGACCCAAGCUACGACCUGGAGCUGAAGGGCAGCCAGCCGAGCACACACCGAUUCCACAAGCUGCUCUGGUCUCCGUUGGUCAGCACGGCCAAUGAUCCCGGGACCACUCCCAGCGGGCUGGUGACGGGUGGAUGCGAGAGUGGCGUGCUGCAGGUGUACAACGUGGCACAACUGCUGGCUGGUCAGAAUGCGCUGGUUGCCCAGCAGGAGAAGCAUCAGGGAGCGGUGCGGAGUUUAGAUUACAACCCGUUCCAACACAACCUGGUGGCAAGUGGAGCGUCCGAGUCGGAAAUAUUCAUCUGGGAUCUGAACAACACGGCCGUGCCGAUGAGCCCCGGAGCCAAGGUGACACCGCAUGAGGACGUGCAAGGACUGGCGUGGAACCGGCAGGUGCAACACAUCCUGGCUUCCGUUUUUCCCUCACGGUGCGUGAUUUGGGAUCUGCGCAAGAACGAACCGAUCAUAAAGCUGAGUGACACGCAGUCCCGCAUUCGUUGGCGGGUGGCUCAAUGGCACCCGGAUGUGGCAACUCAGCUGUGGUUGGCGAGCGAAGAAGACCAAGCACCGACGGUGCAGCUGUGGGAUCUCCGGUAUGCGACCGCUCCGGCAAAAACCUUCCACAUCCACCAGCGAGGCAUGUUGGGGCUGACCUGGUGCCCUGGUGAUCACGAUCUGGUGGCCUCGUGCGGUAAGGACAACAGAAUCAUAUGCUGGAACCAGAACACGGAGGAUCCGAACGGGGAGGUGCUGUCCGAAUUGGCCACCACCAACCAGUGGAACUUUGAUGUGGCCUGGUGUCCUCGGAAUCCGGCACUCAUCGCCGGAUCGAGCUUCGACGGGAACGUGACCGUCUACUCGAUCCACGGUGGGGUACACCAGCAGGUGCAGACGAGCAACAAGAUCGCCGAUUCCUUCCCGGGCAUGGAGCAUAUCGGACACGAACCGGCCCCAUCGGUUCCGGCACAAUCACCAGGAACGGUGUGCAAUGAUCUCAAACGUCCACCACGUUGGAUGCGAAGGCCAGCGGGUGCUUGCUUUGGGUUCGGUGGAAAGUUGGUUACCUUCAACGGAAAUAACCGCACGGUCACGGUGAACCAAGUGGUCACGGAUCCGGAACUAGUGGAGCGUUCCAACCACCUCGAGCGCGUGCUCAACGAGGGCAACUUUGCCGAGUACUGCCGCCAGAAAGCGGAUCAGUCAAACGAUCAACACUUCCGCUUCAUGUGGUAUUUCCUGAAGGCUAACUUCGAGGAUAACCCACAGGCGGAAAUGCUCAAUCUGCUCGGCUACCAAGCGGAAGAUACAGCGAACAAGUUCAAGAAAUACACUCUGGAUGAACCGAAACGCGACGAGGUGAAUCCAGUGGAAGGACUCAGCGAUCAGAUGGCCGGUCUUAGCCGGAAUUAUUCCACCGAAACGGAAACCAGUACGGACGAAAGUACUGACCUGUCGAUCACGGAUAACAAUGCAGUGUUCGAUGCGAUCGCCAAGCAAGGUGACUCGCAGCCUCCACUUUCGUCCGUGGGCGGUGCAUCUGGCGUUCAGAAUGGAAAUACGGGAGAGGAAUUGUUCAAAAUUCGUAUCGGACAGGACAAGGAGGGACUGAUUUGUGAAGCACUGCUGACCGGAAACCAUGAGGCCGCGAUCGAACUGUGCAUGCAGACGGGCAAAACGAGCGAAGCGCUCAUUUUGGCCAUGAACAGUGGUGCGGAUUUGCUCGCCAAGGUGCAGUAUCGAUACUUGCGCAGCAACGAGAACUAUCUGUCGAAUUUGAUCUCCGCUCUCGUGCUGAGGGAUUGGACAAGUGUCGUGACACAGUGCACGAUCGACUCGUGGAAGGAAGCGCUAGUUGCGACCAUCACGCACUGUCAGCAAGAAAUGCCGUUGUUGUGCGAGCGUUUGGGCGAGCGUUUGCAGAGUGAAGCGACACGGAAUCCCGAUCUCGCCCGGAAUGCCAUUCUGUGUUAUAUCUGCGCCGGCAGCACCGAGCGGCUGGUCGAAGCUUGGCAGCUGUCUAAAGGCAGCCAGCCGGAUGGUGGAGAAUUCGCUGGCGAAGACGAGCUGGAUAAGAAUAACAACAGCAACCGUGACCUCCAGGAUCUGGUGGAGGUAUCGAUGUUGCUGCAGAAGGCGCUAGAGAAGCAGGGCCGUUCAUCGCAGGCCGUUGGAAAGUUGGCCGAUCUGUUGUCCCAAUACGCAGGGUUGCUAGCAGCGCAAGGAUCGCUUCCAUCGGCGCUGACGUACCUGGGAAAUUCGACCGAUCCCGAGAUGGUGGAAUUGCGCGAAAGGCUUUACUACGCGCUGGGACACAAGAGCUACACGCCCGCUGCGUCGACAAGAUCCCAGUUCACCGCGCAACAGCCACCGUUCAAUCCGAUGUUCCCUACGAUCGGUCAAGCCGCCAAAAUGAAGUCGUACGGACAGCCGAUGGCCCCAGCAGCCGUUCCAACGUUAAAUUCGACCACUAUGCCCCAACAGCAGGGCUGGAACACGACACCCUUCCAGCCACCGCCUCCAACGAUGGCACCACCCGCUGUUGGAAACGUUGUCGCUCCGCCACCACUAGCCUCGAAGCCCCCACUAGGUCCACCUCCGACCAGCAUGGGCGGCAACGAUCUGUCGCAACCUCCACGUCCAUCUAGCGUCAGCUCUCAAUCCGGUGGAGGUGCGUUGGGCCGUGCAAAAUACGUGCUCGAUCCUUCGGUCACGUCCUCUGGAGGCUAUGGGCAGACGAGCUCGAAUUUCUACAACCCAUUAGCGUAUCAGCAGCAGCCACAGCAGCCCAGCGCUCCAGCCGGUGUCAUUAACCAACAGCCUACCAGCUUCUAUAAUCCUUCGUCCGCUCCGAGCCAACCUGCGGGCUCGAUGAACAACUUCAAGCCAUUCACACCGGCCCCGCUGGCGUCGUCGUACGUUCCUGGCGUACCUCCGCUGGACGUUGCUCAGCAGCAACCGCCGAGUGCGACCGGUAUGGGAUAUCCUCCGCCACCACAGAGUACUGGCGCACCGCCCAUGAGCAACGUACAGCGGAACCCAACGCCACCGCCGGGAUGGAACGAUCCACCGGCUCUGAAGAGCUCCUCGCGGCCACAGUAUUGUGAACAAUACGAAAUGUCCGCCGUCCACGCCGGCACCAGACGUUGGCGCCGAAUUAUCAAUUCGCACACGAAUGAUCACUCGAACCGUUCCUCACCGCAGUUGAAGCCGGAAUCGACAGCAAUGGCACCGAUCACGUCACCCCUUCCGGCAGGAUUGGCUCCUACGAAUGGAUACCCGGACCCGAACAGCAACUACAUGCAGGGCACUGGCCAACCGGGUUACGUGGCACCACAGCCAACGGUCUACAACCCGGCGAUGGGUGGCCAACAGCUUCCUCCCCAAACGAACACGAUCAAUUACCAGAACUUCCAGUCAACGAUCUCGUACCAGCCACCAGCUGGCGCGGCUGUUCCGGGACAUAUGGGUGCUCCACAACAGGGUGGCAUGUAUUACCAGGGGCAAACACCGGGUCAACAGAUGGAUGGACCUCAACAACCUGUUCAAUCGGCUGCAGCUGAACCGCCGAAAACGAAACCACCACUUCCGGAGCAGUUUGUGUUCAUGCAGACGGUCUUCGAGGAGCUUAAGAAGCAGUGUGUAGCGGCCGCGGGAAAUCCGCAAACGAAACGGAAACUGGAGGACGUUUCGAAACGCCUAGAAAUGCUGUACGAUCUGCUGAGGGAGAACAGGCUUUCGCAAAACACCCUCAACUCGUUGAACCAACUUGUGACUCUAGUUCAGGCAGGCGACUACGCCAACGGCAUCGGUCUCCACACGCAGAUGGUGUCGGGUUCAGAUUUCGCCCAGAUCGCCAGCUUCAUGCCGGGCAUCAAGGUGCUGCUGCAGUCGGCGAUGCAGCUGCAGGUGUACCUCCGAUAAGCAACCGCGCUUGUUGUGGGGUAGUGUUCGACGAGAGGGCAUUAGCUCUGAAUGCUCACACAUUUCCAUCGGAAAAUUUAUGUGACAUUUAACUGGUAGCAAAAUUCAAAGUAAAACUCCUCUAGGUGCGUCGUGUACUUGUAAACGGAAAAAAGUGGCCGUAGUAGAAGUAUUUGCCCAGCAGGUGCGCCUGUCUGAUGAACGCGGGUUGUUUGUUCGAGGGGAGGGCUAGUUCAUUAUUAUAAUUAUUAUUAUUAUUAUUACAAUCGUGUAUAAUCCCGUGGCAAUGUUCAGUUUUUGAUAACGAAUGAAUAAAAUUAUCUAUUUACAUCUUGUAUGAUUAUAAUGAUUAUAAACAGAAU